UGUGACCCCGCUCCCCAGGUGUCCACUGCUGUGGUGGAGCCCUACAACUCCAUCCUGACCACCCACAGCACCCUGGAGCACACUGACUGCACCUUCAUGGUAGAUAAUGAGGCCAUCUACGACAUCUGCCGUAGGAACCUGGAUAUCGCGCGUCCCACGUACACCAACCUGAACAGGCUGAUGGCUCAGAUUGUGUCCUCCAUCACCGCUUCUCUUCGUUUUGAUGGAGCCCUGAAUGUUGAUCUGACAGAGUUCCAGACCAACUUGGUUCCAUAUCCCCGCAUCCACUUCCCUCUGGUCUCCUAUGCUCCUGUCAUCUCUGCUGAGAAGGCUUACCAUGAGCAGUUAAGUGUGGCUGAGAUCACAAGCGCCUGCUUCGAGCCAGCCAAUCAGAUGGUGAAAUGUGACCCUCGCCACGGCAAGUACAUGGCUUGUUGUCUUUUGUACCGUGGUGAUGUGGUGCCCAAAGAUGUCAACGCUGCCAUUUCCACUAUUAAAAUGAAGCGCACCAUCCAGUUUGUGGACUGGUGUCCCACCGGCUUCAAGGUUGGCAUCAACUAUCAGCCGCCAACCGUGGUUCCUGGUGGAGAUCUGGCCAAGGUCCAGAGGGCCGUGUGCAUGCUGAGCAACACCACUGCUGUGGCUGAGGCCUGGGCUCGGCUGGACCACAAGUUUGAUCUGAUGUACGCUAAACGUGCCUUUGUUCACUGGUAUGUAGGUGAGGGUAUGGAGGAGUCAGAGUUCUCUGAGGCCAGAGAGGACAUGGCAGCUCUGGAGAAGGAUUAUGAGGAGGUGGGAGUCGACAGUGUUGACGGUGAGGAAGAGGAGGAAGAAAAUGAGUAUUAAAAUGAACAUGAAGGCAUUUAGCAUAUAUUUAGAAAUCAAUCAGUUCCAAAUGUUUUUAAAUAUGUUCCAAAAAGAUGUUGACUUAGUUUGAGUGUUGAGAAAUUCAAACAUGCACUUUUAGUUUGUGGAAAAGAGGAGUAUUGGCAUGAGUUAUACAUGAAUCAUUUACAGUUUUUGCUUUAAUACGUUCCAAUAAGAUGUUUUUAUUCAUCAUUUUACUACUUUAAAUGUUGAUGAAAUCAAAGUGACAGUUAGGA